CGAACUUUAAACCAUUCAACAAAAGCUUCACUAAGACAACAACAAUGGCGUCUCUUAGAUUCUACACCGUAGAGAUGUCGCUACAAUGUUUGUCUCCAUGCCCAUCGUCGCCGAUUUCUCUUUCAUCGUCUUCUCCGAGAUACCAUCUUCUCAAAACAACAAACAAGAUACCAAAUUCACACAGAAAUUGCAGAACGCUGCGAAUCAGUUGUUCAUCUUCCUCUACUGUCACUGACCAGACACAACAAUCUUCUUUCAACGAUGCCGAGAUGAAACUCAUUGACGCUUUGAUCGGAAUUCAAGGCCGUGGCAAAUCCGCCUCUCCGAAACAGCUCAAUGAUGUUGAAUCUGCUGUGAAGGCUCUUGAAGGUUUAGAAGGCAUUCAAAAUCCUACAGAGUCUGAAUUAAUCGAAGGUCGUUGGCAAUUAAUGUUUACCACAAGACCUGGAACUGCAUCUCCAAUCCAGAGAACAUUUACAGGAGUAGAUGUGUUCACUGUGUUUCAAGAUGUAUACUUGAAGACAACAAACGAGGAUCCUCGUGUUUCAAACAUUGUUAAAUUCUCAGACAUCAUUGGAGAGCUAAAAGUUGAGGCAGUUGCGUCGAUCAAAGAUGAGAAACGUAUUUUAUUUCGUUUUGAUAGAGCAGCUUUCGCUUUGAAGUUCCUUCCUUUCAAAGUUCCAUAUCCAGUUCCUUUUAGACUUCUUGGUGAUGAAGCAAAAGGUUGGUUAGACAUUACGUAUUUGUCACCUUCUGGAAACCUAAGGAUCUCAAGGGGAAACAAGGGAACUACAUUUGUUCUGCAAAAAGAAACCGUGCCUAGGCAGAAACUGUUAGCCACUAUAUCUCGAGACAAAGGAGUUGCAGAGGCUAUCGAUGAGUUUCUUGCGUCGAACUCUAAUUCUGCAGAAGAUGAUUAUGAACUUCUAGAGGGAAGCUGGCAAAUGAUUUGGAGUUCACAGAUGUAUACAGAUAGUUGGCUUGAAAAUGCAGCAAAUGGUCUUAUGGGGAGACAGAUCAUCGAGAAGGAUGGAAGAAUAAAGUUUGAAGUUAACAUCAUUCCGGCAUUUAGAUUCUCAAUGAAAGGCAAAUUCUUGAAAUCAAGUGGUAGUACUUAUGAACUGAAGAUGAACGACUCAGCAAUUAUAGGCGGACCAUUUGGAUAUCCAAUCGAAUUGACAAAUAACAUUGAGCUUCAAAUCCUCUAUACAGAUGAGAAGAUGAGAAUAAGUCGAGGAUUUGAUAACAUUAUUUUCGUGCACAUUCGGGAAAUUUAGCUGCGUUUAAAGAGAUCUCCCGUUACCAGAAAAGAAAUUGUUCUAUACAUGAUUAUAUAAAAAUAUUAGUUUAUAAGAAACUAUCAAGUGUUUUACAACAAUGGAAGAUGAUUGUUAAGUUUCCUUGAUCAAUAGUUUUUUUAGAUUGUAACAAUAACCAGAAAAAACAAGAAACCACAUGACAUGAGAUGAUGAUAUAAGUUUCGCUACUAAUGUCUAAAUUAAGACAAAAAAAAAAACAUAAAAAGUAAUUUAGUUGAAUAUUUUUCUCCAGCUUGUCUUAAUCCUCACGGAAUAUUGAUUUUCCACCGAGAUAUUAAAUCUGAAAAAGAAUCUCAUUAACAAGGCAACUUGCCACUAACAGCUUCCGGUGUAAUUAAUUACUCUGUCAAAUUACCAAUUUUUUCUUGAAAAAAUUAGAAACAACAAC